GCUUCAUGUUCACUCUCUUUUGAUGUGAUCUUAGCAUAGGAGUUGCCAUCGUUUUAACUUUUUUUUUAUUUUAUUAGAUUAUUUGAUUAUGUUUCUAAUUAAAUUGAUUUAAGUGAAUAUUUCCAAGGAUUAUCCUAAUGAAUCGACUUGUCGAUUAUUUCAUCAUUCUUGGAUAUGAUGAUCAAAAACAAGCUGGUACUCUUGGAUCAGGAAAAGUACUUCAAAGGUUUCCAGAAAAUGAUUGGCCUGAUGUACCUCUAAUUGAUGGAUUAGAGUUGUUUUGCCAGCCUUUGGGAUGGAGGUUGACAGCAACACAGCCAGAACCAUCAUAUUUUGUUUCUGUUAUGACUUAUAUGGAUGCAAACAAGCAUUACUGUGCCUUUUUAUCUUUCUACGAGUCCAUCUCUUUGCAUUCUAUCAAGCAACCUGACGAAGAAGACAGUGAAAUUGAUAAUGUAUUACUGGAUCAGAGCAGUGGAUCAUUACAAGAUUGCUCCAAUAACCAAUCCACCAUGUUUGCUCCUAAAUGUAUAGUUCUUCAGUCAAGGCAUAAUUUUGUGGAAAUUUUUAAGAAUUGCUUGGAAACUAUUUACACAGUUCAUCUAGAAUGUAUGGAUAUUCCAUUGGAAAAAUUAGUCGGCAAUUUAUUAUGUAUUGAGGUGCCCUCACCAGGGUCCCAGUUGAAAUUCUCAAUAGGUGCCAAUGAUAGACAAGUACUCACUAUGCCAAUGAGUUCAACAGUGCCAGUGACCGGUACAACAGUGGUUCAACUUUUUGAGAGGCUUAAUGUUCAUAAUGUAAUAAGUCUGUUCACCGCAGUUAUGACGGAUAACAAAAUUCUUUUUCAAUCGGAUAGUUACUCGCUGCUCUACGAAUCUUGCCAUGCAUUGACAUCACUCAUGUACCCAUUCGUGUAUAGUCAUGUGUACAUUCCGCUUUUACCCUCAUCUCUACUAGAAAUGUUGAGUUCACCAACACCUUUCAUAAUGGGAGUGCAUUCUAGCCUUCAAGAUGAAGUCGAGGAUCUUCUCGAUGUGAUAGUUGUUGAUCUUGAUGUUGGUUGUAUCACAAUACCAGAUUGUAUCCAUUUACCCAAGCUUGAUGGACCUGCAUAUAAUGAAAUGGUCUUUCAUCUUCGAUCUGUCAUCACACCACAAUUAAUGAAAAAGGAUGUUGCUUUGCGAUCUAGUCAUUCAAAACCCUCUCCACCUCAUCUAUUAGAUAAAGAGAUUAGAGCUAUAUUUGUUAGACUUUUUGCUCAAAUGUUGCAAGGCUACAGGACCUGUUUACAAAUUGUUCGUAUCAACCCGAAACCUUUCAUAACUUUCCAUAAGGCCUCAUUCCUUGGUAAAAGAAAUCUUGUCGAGAACGAAUUUGUUGUUCGACUAUUAGAAAGUAUGUUUUUCAAUUCAUUUGUACAAGAACGUGGAACACCAUACAGAGCCAGUGAUCUUUUCGAUGAGCUUUAUGCAACUAUGCACGAUACACUUAAACGAGAAAUGGCUAACCCUGAAUUGGUUAUAAAAGACAUUAAAGAAUUGGCUCAUCAAUUAUAUCUUAAUGAGCAACCACAUCCAAAGGAUCCAAGUCAAAUUAAAUUACCAUUACCUACGGAAGGAAUUUUUACUCGUGUACAUCAACCCAAGUUCCCUACUUUCAAAAGUGACAUAAUUCAAGAGAUUUUAGAUGACGACCGAAUACGACGCGAAAUGUUAACCAUGAACAAACCGAAACCUACUAAAGCUGAAGCUAGGAUAAUUGCAUUCGGUCCAACAAUCUGUGUCCCUUUCAACUCGGAUUCAGCUCUUUUUACAAAUUCAGCUAGAAGACUAGAAGUUAUGAGGACUUGUAUUAAUUGUAUAUUUGAAGAAAAGAUUCAAGAUGCUCGGAAAUCCUUCCCCGCAGUUCUCCGAGCAUUGAAAAACAAAUCUGAAAGACUUGCCUUAGCUAAGGAACUAGCAGCUCAUGUCUCUGGUAACAAAUGUGUCUUAACUCAUGAGCAAUUCGACUUGAUUGUACGUUUAAUGAACUGUGCUUUGCAACAAGAUUGUGAUUAUUUAGAUGGUAGUGCCUCAGGUUUACGUUUACGAGGCCUUGGUGAUGUCAACGGACUUGCAGCUGCGAUAUUACCAUUAAGUAUGAAAUUUUGUCGCCGUCUAGGCCUAGGUGGUAAUAACGGCGUCUUGCAAUUUGCCUUUACGUGUCUGCAAGAUCAUCUGAUUUGGGAUAAUAUGAGUUUUUGGGAAUCAACCUUUUAUCACAAUGUAGAGCAAGAGGUUACUUCAUUAUAUGGUUCUAUCAAUGAUUCACAUUUAACACCUUUAGACAUUGCUGCUGAACAAAUUCGUUUGAAACCUAAACUAAGUGAAGAGCAAAUACUUCAAUAUGCCUCUAGUGAAGAAUCAACUGUGUACAGUCAAGCAGUUGAUUAUACUCAUCAAAUUGUUUCUCUAAAAAUACCCUUGGAUAUUGGAUUUCAUGAGAAAAAUACUCGUAAUACAAAGUUAAAUAAUUCUGCUGUUGAAGGCGGACACCAUAGUGAUACAAAUUCAAAUUUUACUGGAACCGGUGGAGGAGCUGGUAGGGAAAGUUGUCGGGAUGAUAAAGACCAUGAAAAGGAUACUCGUGACUUCGACAAUGAAAGUGGUUUCGAAGAGGGAUCCAAUGGAAAAGGUCAAGCGGCUGUUUCAGAAAUCAGUGUAAAUGUGAUUAAAUUUUUAGGUCGAUUUGUUGAUAAAGUUUGCACAGACGGUGGCGUAACAGAGGAACAUAUCAAAUCACUCCAUUCAAUGAUACCUGAUAUUGUAGCGAUCCAUUGUAACACCCUUGAUGCAAUUUACAAAGAGAGCAAAAAUAUUCCCCCUGUUACUAAACCUAAAAUUAUCACUCCUAGUUUAUUACCCGGUGAAGAUCUUGUGAUGAAAAGCUUAAGAGCCUAUCUCAUACCUGAUGGUCGAGAUGAGGUUCUUGGAUCAACUGUAAAUGGUUCUAGUGUUACGCAAAUUCCGCAACCCAUUGGUGGACCCGUUUUACUUCCAGCUGAAGGAGCCAUAUUUCUCAGCAAUUAUAGAGUGAUAUUCAGGGGACGCCCUUGUGAUCAAUAUGCUGCAGAAAAUGUUAUUGUUCGUAGUUUUCCCAUUGCAACUUUAGUGAAAGAAAAGAAAGUCAAUAUAUCUUCCAAAUACCUGAUUGAAACAAUUGAUCAAUGUAUUCAGGAAGGCUUACAAUUGAGAUCAAAUAUAUUUGAAUUAAUGAAGAUAGCUUUUGAUGAAGAAGUUUCUUCUGAAGACAUUGAAAUGCUUAGGAAAAUGAUUAACAAGGCCAGGACACCACCAAAUGUAUUCCAUAUGUUUGCCUUUACCUCACAAAUUGCAAUGUCUCACCAGCUGAGUCUAUUAAAUCUGCAAAAACAAAAGGAAAAAAGCAACACUUUCAAAGGAAUGGCAAAGAAAACCUUAAUGAGAACUGCUCAAAUGGCUGGCCUUAAAACGAAAUCGCGAAAAUCAAAAUAUCUCAUGCCUGCUUCUGGUAUUUAUGGUUCAAAAACACUUACACCAGGUUUUAAUCGUCAAACAACCAUAAUUGACGCAGUUGAUGAUAAAUCUGUUAGUGAUGAUUUAUCCAUAAACAGUGACUCUUCCCAUGUUCAUACAACAUCAACUCUUCCACCUUUAUCAACUUCAUCAGUCAGUAGUAGUGUUGAUGUUCACCUUUCUCCUGUCAAUCCCAAAGACUCCCGAACAUUGAAAAAAUUGACUGAAUUAAGUUAUGUCAAGGAUUACCAAAGAUUAGGUUUAGGAUCUGCAAAGGAUAUCCUUCAACCCAAUGGUUUUAGUAAUUAUUCAGGUAUUACUUCACCAACUUCCUCUAAAAGUUUAAAAAACUCUGCCAACAAUAGUAUCAGCCAUGAUGGAUUUAGGAUAACCUCAGUCAACUCUUCAUACACAGUUUCUGGAUCUUAUCCAGCAUUCUUAGCUGUUCCAGCAUCUGUUACUGACGACAGUUUACAAAGGCUAAGUCGAUGUUAUAAAUAUUGUCGUUUUCCCGUUAUUGUUUGGAGGCAUCCAGCUUCCAAAGGAUUAUUACUCAGAGCCAGUUCGUUCCACGGCAAAGGUGUUAUCGGAAUACUCAAAGGCCAUGGGGCAACUAACUCCAUGGCAGCCUCACACAAUAGUUCAAACAGUUCAGUGCCAUCAUAUCCAGAAACAUCUUCUAAUAUUGAACAAGAAAAGUACUUCCAAGCAAUUAUUAACCUGACUCCUUCUCAUAAUGAUUCAGAAAACUCACAAGGAAUUGAAACAGAUUACGGUAUACCUUCCUUAGUACUCUCUGGUCGUCAUGACUCAAUCGCCUCAGCUGCCUCAGGCCGACAAACUCCUCCUUUCACCAAAGAUCACAAAAAAAGUAAUGUUAUGGCUUCGUUUAAUAGAGCCAUGAAUAAUAUUCGAGCCUCAGGUAGCAAGCCAUCAUUUGGUACUCUUGGACACUCAGUUGGCAAACAAUGGUCCAAACUUCACUCAUCAAACACCAAAAACAAUCACGAAUCAACCUCAAAGAAUUAUACUUCCGAUGAUAUUUCAAUAAUGUCAGCCUCUGUCUCUUCUACCAAUGCUGUUACCUCAAUUCCACCAAUCUCUCCGAUUCACUCUCCAAAUACUUCAUCUGCCUCAAAUGGCCGUAAAACCGGUGCUGAGCUUCACAACUCCAGCCUCUCAAACAACAGAAAAUGUAUCUAUAUUUUUGGAGAAAAAGGUCUUGUUAAAUCUUCUCGAUCUGAUCAUUUAUCUAACAUGAUUGAAUUUGUGCCUAUUGAAUAUCAUGAGGUUCGUCAAGUGAAGCAAAGCUUCCAAAAAUUGUUGAAAGCUUGUUGUCCUUCCAGCUGUUUAACCGAUCCAGAACAAAGUUUCAUUCGUCAAGUUGAAAACAGUGAAUGGCUAAAUCAAUUGCAGACUAUUAUGCGUAUCUCCAGUGCAAUCAUUGAUUUGAUUGACUUACAGGGUUCAACAGUUAUACUUUGUUUGGAAGAUGAUUUAGAUUUAGUUCCACAAAUCGUUUCUGUUGCUGAACUCUGUUUGGAUCCUUAUUAUCGAACCUUUGAAGGAUUCAGAGUUCUCAUAGAGAAAGAAUGGCUCGCAUUCGGACAUCGUUUCAGUCAUCGAUCAAAUCAUACUGCCCAAACUAUCACUUCAGGCUUUGCGCCCAUAUUUCUUCAAUUUUUAGACAUAGUCCAUCAAAUAAUGAGACAAUUUCCGUUGUCUUUUCAAUUCAAUGAGUAUUAUUUGCGAUUUAUUGCCUAUCAUUAUGUUUCUUGUCGAUUUAGAACCUUCCUUUUGGAUAGUGAAGCUGAAAGAGCCAAAUAUGGUUGGCCUUUGGAAGAUGCAACUAGAAAAUAUUCUGAUUAUGCAGAUGAUGGUUAUGAGUAUGACAUUAAUGAUGAUGUUUUAUCUGGUUCAACCAAUGGAACACUAACUUCGCACACUGUUAACGGUUUAGACAUCAAAAGUGCAUCCUUUUGGGACUAUGCAGAACGAAUCUGGAGUAAAAGUCCAACUUUUUACAAUUUUUAUUACAUUCCAACAAGUUAUCUGUGUCCUGAAUCCAGUUUAUGUGUUCUCAGACCUUAUUGUAGCAUUAGUAACCUGAAAAUAUGGGAUUAUUAUUUAACAGAGCAACUCAAUCACGGGCCAAGCUACGAUUUUGAAGUUGUUCAAUCGGAGAAACAACGUCGAGAAGAAAUUGAAGCAACAGAACAAAAUAAGGAUAAAUCAAAGAGAACCAUAAUUAAUGCUUCAUAUGACUGUGUUACUCAUUUUCAACCAAAUUGCUUUGAAGAAAUGUUGGAAAAAGUGAAAAACAUGGAAAUGGAAUUGGGAAAAUCAAAUGGACCUCAACAGAAAUGGCAUAAUAUCUGGGAUCGUAUGGAGAUACCUGUUAUGAAUCAAUCCAAUUCGAGCAAAAUCAACUCAAAUGAUCUGAUCGGCCGACAAGGGUCUAUAAAGAGUCAAAUAUUGGGACGUUAUGCGAGAACCGUUCAUCAUAAAAAGAAUACCAUUGAUCUAAAGAAAUUAUUCUCCAAGCGUCUCAAACAAAAGUCUAAUCAUCCUAAGUUAAAUAAUGACAUCUAUCUUCAAUGAAAGCUCAUUGUUUUUGUUUUCCUUCGUUAGUUUUUUCGCUGUUCAAUAAGACAUCUUUCUUUGCUCUUCUCAUUUGACAAUCUCAUCACUAUUAUUGCUGCUUUAAUCCUUCGCUCAUCUCUGUUUUUCCUCUACCUUUUUAGAUCUAUCUUUUUCCAUCUUCUCAUGUUGAUUUCAUCCUUUUUCUCAACACCAUCAUUCUCAUUUUAUUGCCAUCAAACUUUCUUCCCUACUCUUUAUAAAUAUGUUUAUGUAUAAAUAUCAUUGAUCAAAGGAAUUCGCGCAUAAAAGAAAUUAUAUUAAAAAGAAACAAUUAAGUUAAUUGUUAACAAUUUAAACAAAAGCUAAA